GCGGUGCCGCGAUCAGCGCCAUAUUGGGCGAUAAGCUCCCUGCGUUCACACGUUGAGUCAGACGACACCGACUCACCGACGCGGGCCUUCACGAAGCUAUAAAGAGCGCAGCGCCCUGCGUUUCCACAUAACCAACUUGAAGCACCCAACUUCCCGCUUCUCGACUCACAUCCAACCUGAACCGAGGCCUGUACGAUGCCCGUGACAACUCGGACACGCCGCGCCAAGCCGCAGACUACCAAGCAGUCACUCGCUAAAGAAGACGUAGACGGCUACUGGUCCAGCGAGCUCAGCGAUCCUGAAGAGGACACGAGCGACUGGGAAGACAAACGCAGAAAGCGACCGAGCGGUAGUCCACAGAAGAAGCGUGCUCGGAGGAACAUCGCAGGUUCAGGCUCUGCGAACUCGAAGGUUCGAGGUACCACCAUCAAACUCAGUAAAUUCCCUACACUUCCGUUGGACAUCAUCUUCGAGAUUCUAUCUCUGUUAACUCCGACUGACCUUGCCAACCUCGCGCAAACGAACACAGCGUUCCGAUCAACACUCGCAUCGCCUCAUGCGUCCAACGUCUGGAAGGCAGCUCGGAAGCGCACUGGGUGCGUUCCCGAUUGUCCGCCAAAUGUGGGAGAAGUGUCCUGGGCCAGGUUCAUCUACAGCGCGCCCAAAUGUCAAGAGUGCGGUGUAUCGAACGUGCAUCAUCUGGACUUCGCACUCAGACGGCGUGUGUGCAAGAAGUGCAAGAAGCAGAAGCUCGUUUAUGUAGGCUUCUUCGCGAAGCGAUACCCCGGCUUCAACCCCGCGAUGCUGGAGCUCAUACCUCACACAAACACCGGAAGCUCGUCCGUCGGACGCUCGAAGGUUACCUCGAAGUUCUAUUGGGAAGCCGAUAUCUAUGCGAUGGCGAAGACUUAUGGCGAGUACCAGAUGGACAUCUACAGCAAGAAGCCUGGUGCCAAGGCGGCUCUGCAGAAGUUUAGGGACGAGCGUGUUGAACAUGUGCGGACCGUUCUGGAGCAUACGGAGAAGUGCCAACGUUGGUGGCCAGACUAUGUCAGAUAUGGUUACGACCUACAGGGAGAACGCAUCCAAAGGCAGUAUGACGUACUUGUAGACCGCUUCCGGGAACUGGGAUACGAAGAUCAAGACAUCAAGAGCAUACAACAAAUGAGUGAAUCUCAGAGUGAUCGUGUGGUCACUGAUCGAGUGUGGAAGAACAUCAGACCUGCCCUGCAGACUCGUAUCGACACGACCAUGUGUGUGCGACUAGAGAGGGAGCAGGCACCGAUCAUCAACUCACGGAAACGCCUCGUGAAGAAUGCAUUCGAUGACUACAAGCGCACUCUACGCCCCAUUGAAUGGAUCCAUCUCCCUCCUCCUGGGCUCAUCUACGCCAUGCCGGCGUUCCGGUCACUGAUCUACAAGGACCUCGACGUCCCACUGGAACAGGCGACUUGCGAUGAGGUGGCGAGGUGCCUGCCUGAGGAUAUCGCGGCCUUCAACGACAAAUUGAAGGAUCGUCUGCUGUAUUCCAUGGCCGAAGAUGGGGCGUUCGGAGAGACUGCAAGGAAGGCGAAGCGGCCGCCCAGUGGCAUAGACAAAGAGGGCUGUCUCGCACUCGCCACCUCUGUCUUCGCCUACCGUACUAGUGGGGUUAAUCUUGCCCUCAUCUCGUACGAAGAUGUCGCAGCGCACUUGGCAUGGACGGGCACGCAGCCUCAGUCUCACGGCAUCGACUUCUACAUCCAGAUGGCGGAUACACAGGGGAAAAGUCGAUGGGUAUCGACCUAUUAUUACCUCCGCUCCGGGCCCUCUACCAUAACGUCAUUGAUCGAGGCACUUAGCCUUGAUCCCGAAACGACGCGCCCCCAGGAUCUGGACAGUCUUGACAGGCGUUUCCUAUGCGAAGGUUGCAAUUUCUUGAAUCUAACAUAUUCAUGGCGCACAUGCAUCUCGCACCAUUACUCGGCGCACUUGUGGAGGGCGCCGGAUUUCACGGCUCUGAACGAGAAGAACUCAGCCAUCCUACGUCAAAAGGAAGGCACCGACCCUGCUAGUGAUCAGGAGAUGUGGAGCUGCAACCACUGCACCAUCCAUCUGAACGAUCUCCAGACUCAUGCAGUCGUUCUGAAGCAUGUACAAGAGACUCAUGCCAUCAACGACCCCGAGGAGAACGUCGACCUGUUCCACGCAUAUCCAACGGCUCGACUGCGCCCAACUCCACAACAAUUCUUGACGGCUGAUCCGCUUCAACAGCAUCUUGCUGCAGAUUCAGCGUAGCGGCGCCUUCUCGACAGACUCUGGUUUUGGUGAUCUGCAAUGGAAGUAUGGAAGGGACGUUAUGGACAUUGUCGUAUUGAGUUGUCGGGUGUGACCUUCAGCAAGUGUGAUGUAUUGCUUGCUCUGUAUUCGGACUAGCAGAAGCUCUUGGACUAUCCGGUGUCAUUGUUUACAGGUAUGAUGCGA